AUGGCCAGCAUUGCAGACAGAAUCAAGGAUAGGAUCCUGCGAAAAACCAAUACCGGACGCAUAACUCGCAGUCGACCCGUUCAGAAGCAGCAACCGUUGGCACAAAUAUUACAAAACGCACGUAAUCGGCAGAAUCCAAAGAAAAAAGGCACAGUCGGUGACGAUGAAGACGAUGAAGACGAAGACCGCAGUGGAGACGACAACCACAAAGACGGCAGCCAGCCCUCCUCAAAGAAGCCCAUAGCAUUGAGAAGAUGCGAGUUCUGUUACCGUGAUCCCAUAGGCAGACAAAUGUGCAAGCAAAGAUACUGCGAUUACACAAAAGGGUGGAAAGGAAAUUUUAUCGAAUGCUCCAACUGCGCUGACCAUCGUUCACAGAAUCCGGGUUCCAAGCACAGAUGCAAGCCUCCUCUGAUAAACAAUGUCUGGCGCAAGUACGGCGUUGCCGAUCCCGUGGACUACCGGCCACCGACCUGCGACCAAUGCCUCAACUCCAAGAUGGCCAAUCAGUGCAACGUCGAUUCAACUCUUGGCUAUGGCUGUACAAUCAGCAAGGCCUGCAGAGACGGCAAGUGUACGGUGAAUGGCCAGGAGAUGGAGGCCCGGCCCAAUACUCGAGUUGACGCUGCUCGAUGGAUUCGCGCAGAGUGCCAUGCUUGCCAAAACAAGACGAAGAAGGGCACCGUUACCGCGGGAUGCAGUUGGCUCAGAGAUCGCUCUACUCGGGACCAGGCCUGUUCGUACUGCCAGACCAAUAAUCUGACGUGUCUCAGCGGUGGCCGAGUUGUUGCCAAUCCACAGAGACUGACUCUACCAAGGACGUGGGCCGUCAAGCUCCAAGUCUUUGACAAGGGCUUUGUCGAAUGUAGGAGAAUCAACCCGGAACGCCGCUACUGCAAGAGAUGCUGGGAAGAUGAUCACGACCACUGCCGGGCUGACGCCGGUUCGUACUCUUAUAGCUGCAAUCGCUGCACUCAACUGGGCGUUGACUGUAUUGACGCCGGGGAUGACACGUCGUAUCCUCUCUUUGAUCUGGCCAGGGUUGGUAUUGGAGGCUUCAUGCCCUUUGUGGAAUGCAACUGCUGCAGAGAAGCAGGACGAAACUGUGACCUCCAGCGGCCGUGCGAUUCAUGCAUCAAGCACGGCGACGAGUGCGAUGAUUGGGUAGGAGACACAGCCAAGUAUUGCAUCAAGGGGCGGUUGGAUCCUCCUCCGGGGCCUCUUUACUAUCUCGCCCUGGGAUACGGUUCUGGCGGAGUUGAUGACCCCAAAGACGGAUCAGCCAUUGAGCACUGGGUAGGUCCAGCCACAAGUAUCUACGGCAUCCCCGAGAACCAGAACAGAAAUUUCAUUGCCACGAUGGGUGUCCAGCUGCGGUCCAUGCUGAGCCCGCCGGGAGCGCCGCCUCAUGGAGAUGCAACUCAGGGGGGGCUCGUAAGUGGCCGAGCAAGUGGAAUUACUCGAGAGCAGAUUGCGGCGUGGAUAAAGGAACGCUGGCCUCAGGCUGUUCCGAUGAACCAGCUUGGACACUAUCGAGAGCGGGUAGAGGCUGUGCGGCAGAAGAUGCAGGAUAUCCGGGACGGCAAGAUUGUGUCGGCGCUCUUUUCUGAUUUCCCGGGUCAUGGCGGUGGUGACAAAGAUGAUGACGAUGACACCAACAAUCCCGGUGUCCAAACAAGACCUAACGAUGAUGCUGAUCCUAACCGUGGUGUAGAUGCCCAUGGCAAUAGCGGCCAUGUCACGACUUCGAGUCCGGCUGCUCUCAUUUUCGACACCAGCGCGCCAGACUGGCUCUCAGAGUACAUCAACUCGGACAUGAUUGACGAUGGAGUCGCUUCGCCUCCAUUUGAGUGUCCCACGUUGCCCGGACAGAGCCAGUUUGGCUUUGACGCUGCAGCUCCUUCCAGCCAGGUGCCGGCAAAUCUGCAAUUCAGCCCGUUUGAAGUUUCCCAUCUAGAUCCCGACCUGGUACUAAUAGAUAUAGAUCAAGAUUUGGAUACAUUGAUGCAGAUUGACUCGUUACCACUGGAAGCGUCAUCAGCACUAGAAGAUGCAGAGUAUAUCGAUCAUAAUCCGCUUAGCAUCGAUCAAGAAGAAGCCAUGUUUAUACAGCGACCGCAGCCAACCUUGCCCACUCCGUACAGUUUCGUCCUGGGCUGUCCAAAGCCGCAGGAUUCGCCCUUCUGCAACGUCCUCGGCCUCGUCCCAGAGGUCGUCACGCCUAUUGCGCCAGGCGGCGACGAGACGUGUUCCGAAAUCAGAGACAACGUCCACUGCAACAACCCCGUUGCUCUGGAUUCAACCUGUCAAUGUCUGCUGCAUGAAGACAACGCGGCACACGUCUGCAAUGCCUGCUGCAAGUCGAGUGCGAAACAGCUCAACGACAAUCUGGUCACCAACCGGGAACUGCAUGCAUUUCGCGCAUAUCUCUGCGCCGACUGCACCGCCCAGGUGAGCAACAGCAUCGGCCAAGUCUUGCGGCGCAGAAUCGUCGGCGCCGUCAACAUCUGGGGCGACUGCAGCGACAGCUACUACACGCAGACGGAGCUCGAGCUCGAGACGCCCCUGGGCAGGGUCAACUUCAAGGGCGCGGCCUUGCCCGUGACGGGAUGCGCCUGCGCGACGAAGCUGCUUGCCCAGCGGCUUUGUUGGAAACAUCGCAGUCGCUUUGGCGGCCUGAUCGUGGCCCAAGCUGUGAAGAUGCGGGAGUGGUGUUUACAGAGGUUUGGCCGCAACGUCUGUCCGGGCUGCCUGGUGGAUAAGCCGCCCCAUGAGGCGAACUCGCCGAAAAAUACGAUACAGACAAUGUUUGAACAAGGCCCCAAGGCGUGGGUGUGCCUUGCCUGUGGUGAUUGGGUUGUGAAUCAGAAGCAGAUGGGGCUUGUGCCGGGCUGGGAGCAAUGGCACAUGGGCACAUGA